AUGGAGCGGGAGGACCUGCUCCAGAAUACCGACGAAUGGCUCAUGAGCCGGUUCCGGCUACCGCGGGCCAUCCUCCUGGAGCUGUGCGAGGAGCUCCGGCCGGCGCUGGAGCGAUCAACGGCCAGAAGCCGAGCGGUGCCCGUGCCAACGCUGGUGCUGGGCACACUCGGCUACUUGGCCACAGGAUCCUUCCAGCGGGAGAUGGCGGACCGUGCUGGGGUGAGCCAGUCCACCAUCAGCCGGGCCAUGCCUACGGUGGUGGACCAGCUGAUCCGCCUCUCUAACAGGUAUAUUAAAUUCCCCUACGGUGCGGUUGAACAGGCCAAUAUUAAAACGCAAUUUGCAGCAAUAGCCGGAUUCCCAAACGUAAUCGGAGCUAUUGACUGCACUCAUGUUGCCAUAAAAGCGCCGUCCCUUGACGAGUACGCUUACGUCAACCGAAAAGGCGUUCACUCCAUCAAUGUGCAGAUCAUCUGUGAUGCACAGAUGAAUCUGCUCAACAUUGUUGCGAGGUGGCCCGGUUCAACGCACGACUCGCACAUCAUGUACAACAGCACUGUUGGGGAGAGGCUCCAGGCAGGUGCAGUUACAGACGGGUGGCUGCUGGGUGAGUAA